UUUGAAAAUAGUAAUGAAGGGCGCAACUCACGUAGAACACGUGUUGAAUUUGCGCUGCUGGGACAUGUGAGAUUUGGGAUACUUAGCUGACAUGACGGGGAGUGGCAAUCCUUGCGUAUGUUUCUUCCAAUCCCAUCGGCGCCCGCCUAUUAGAUGGAUUCUUGCUGGAGCAUCCAUACGGCGAAUGAAGGCGGACGCGACCCCAACGACCCCCCCUUUUGAGGAGGCAAGGAGGUUGAUUUUCUUUGGGCACAUGGUAUGGGGCGCGCUCUUCAUCGGCUUGAAGGCUAGAGGGGUAGGGGUAGGUAACCUGACUGUGCCUUACGUACACCAUUCCCAGUCGCAUUCUUCCGUGUUAGCUAAUAAGCUGAGCAUCGCCCGUCUCUCCACCAUUUUCUUGUCUAUCGUUGCUAUUAUGGCUUUGGUUCCUUUGGUGAUCAAACCAGCGGUGCGGAAUGCUUGGUCGGUAUUCCUACUUGUGAUCGUAGGAACCCUAGCCCUCUUGACUACAGCUGCCACGCAUAUCAGCCUACGGUAAGAGAUGCCGGGAAUUCCCUUCCUCUGACACUCUUUCUCACCUAGCCUACCACGUUUGGAUCUUCGUAGUAGCGUGUUCAAGUAGCUUGUUAGCUUCGAGCACCCCGCAUUCUUACACAACUGUUCACCAAGAACUGCUAUGCUAUUACUUUACUGUUACUAUAAGCGCGG